UCUACAGUCCAAGACCGUGACCAUGGCUCGUCUCUUUGUUGCCUGCGUGCUCGCCGCCUCCGUGGCCUGCGGGGCCUCCUACCAGCAGAGCGUGAAGUGGGGCGGAUCGAUGGGUGGAGGCAGCUUCGGCAGCGGCGGUGGCCUCGGCGGUGGCUUCGGCGGCGGCCUCGGCAGCGGCCUCGGCGGCGGCCUCGGCAGCGGCCUCGGCGGCGGCCUCGGCGGUGGCCUCGGCGGUGGUCUCGGCGGUGGUCUCGGCGGCGGUUCCGGCGGUAUGGGCAGUUCCGGAUCCGGCAGUGGCGGCUUCGGUUCCAGCUUCGGAGGUGCCGGAGGCGGCCUCAGCGCACCGGGUUUCGGAAGCGGUGGAUACAUUGGGUCCGAGGAUGGACCUUCUUACAGUGCAUUAGGAAGUGGUUCAGGCAGCAGAAGCGGUCGCGGCGGACGCGGCGGCCGUCUCAGCGGACUCGGCGGUGGACUCAGUGGUAGACUCGGCAGUGGACUCGGCGGUGGACUCGGCAGUGGACUCGGCGGUGGACUCGGCAGUGGACUCGGCAGUGGGCUCGGUAGUAGACUCGGCGGUGGACUCGGCAGUAGAGUCGGCGGUGGACUCGGCGGUGGACUCGGCAGUGGACUCGGUGGUGGACUCGGCGGUGGACUCGGCGGUGGACUCGGCAAUGGACUCGGCGGUGGACUCGGUGGUGGACUCGGUGGUGGACUCGGUAGUGGACUCGGUAGUGGACUCGGUAGUGGACUCGGCGGUGGACUCGGCGGUGGACUUGGCAGUGGACUCGGCGGCGGACUCGGUGGUUCCAGCUACGGCAAUGGCGGUUCCGGCUACGGCAGUGGCAGCUAUGGUACCGGAUCUGGUUACGGUUCUAGUUCCGGUUCCGGCCUCAGCGCACAGGGUUUCGGAAGCGAUGGAUUCUAUGGGCCGCAGGGUGGACCUUCUGACAGUGGAUUUGGAGGCGGUUCUCGCAGAUUCGGCCGCUUCGGUGGCCAGAGUCAGCAACUGAUGCAACAGCGUCUGUGAAAACCGUGAAUAGCAAGAAAAAGAGAAACCCUGUCGAGAUGCUGGCUGCAGUAAAAUAAAACAACUUCGGUCUCAGGCCGAGAGAAAUGCA